AUGGCUAGUACACCACCGGUUAUUCUCAUUCUCGGCUCGGGACCCAAUAUCGGCCAGCAUGUGGCUCGGGCUUUUGCCGCGAAGGGCUACAAAGUUGCCCUUGCAUCUAGAAGCCUAAAGGAAGAAGACAGCAAUGCGGACCAGGUCCACAUUUCCGCCGACUUAUCGGAUCCUCAUUCCGUGAAGGGCAUCUUUUCGAAAGUCAAAGCAUCGCUCGGUCUGCCAAGUGUUGUUGUUUACAAUGGUGAGCAUGUUCCUCAUGGAAGCCUUUUAUCGAAAUCCACUGACACACUUGAAGCAUCUGCCGGCGCUCCGAACAAUCCAGCGGACCCCUUAUCUAUUCCCUUGGCUGACUUUAGUCGAGACUUGCACGUCAACACGACUAGUGCGUUUGUCGCUGCACAACAGGCGGCUUUAAGCUUCGACAGACUCCCUGACCAUAGGUCCAAGACAUUCAUCUACACUGGCAACAUACUCAACGAGACCACAAUUGCAAGUCUUCUGGAUGGUGGUGUGGGCAAAUCUGCAACGGCCCACAUCAUGCGCUCUGCCGCUGCCGCAUACUCUGAUAAAGGCUUCAAGUAUGCGUUUCCUUCCCUCCCUCUGGCAGUUUUGAAACUGACGAAACGCAGAUUCUAUUAUGCCGAUGAGCGGAAGGCUGAUGGGACUCCUGCAUACUCUAAGAUCAGUGGCGAGGCACAUGGAAAGUUUUAUGUCGAGCUCGCCGAGCACAAGUCUCAGGGACCUUGGCAACAGACCUUUGUAAAGGACGUAGGAUACAGGCACUUCCCAGCUGCUUGA